GUUCUCCAUGAACUACAACUCCAUCAGUGACCUGUGGGCUGUCACUAUUGGCUGAGGACCGUAAUGCAAAAUGUAUCACAACUUCAGAGAUGGAGCAAAGCUAUUCCUCUUCGCUCUCUCGGCGACGUGCGACACCGGGGCCUCCGCACCCCACAAGCGCCGUCACCGGAAUGGACCCAGCUUCUUGAGCAAUUUGCAGAGUUGAACCCUCAUCCUAUCCACUUGCCCACGCUAUUGUCGUAUGGAUCCCCUGUUACUUCUUCUUCUGUGCUUAUAUCUGCUGGGUACACUCAGGCUGAGAUCGCCUGUCGCUUAGCCCGCAUAUCGCAUAAAUUCGACAAGCUUCCGUUCAUAUGCGGAGUGAAUCCCCACAUUUCAAAAGUACAUAUGCUGUAUCGAAAUUCCUUUGAGGAUCUCGCCAGUGUGCCAAGUGUCAAGAACGAGGACGAGAACAUUGAUUUCUCGGUGCAACUUCAAAGACAUAUCAACCUUCAUGCCCACGAUAUUCCAACCUUGUCCAAAGGUUUUGCUGAAUGUGCAAAAUACAUGCCGACUGAGGCCAUAACCGAGUUCUUGGAUGACCUCAUAACAAGUCGUAUCGGAGUCCGUCUUAUUGCAGAGCAGCACGUAUCUUUGACAGAGACUCUUGCUUCGGCUGAGGCCAAACGAGAGAAUAGCUCCAAGGUCGGAGUGGUCGAUCUGGAAUGCUCGCCGAAGCGAAUGAUACAGAUGUGCGCGUCGUUUGUGAAUAGUCUUAGUGAUGCGACGUUUGGAGCAUCACCUCCUCUUGUGAUUGAUGGUAUCGUCGAUGCAAAGUUUGCAUACAUCCCUGUUCAUCUCGAAUACAUCGUAACGGAAAUCUUAAAGAACGCAGUUAGGGCGUCGGUCGAGCAGCACCAUGCAAUUCGUUCAACUGGCCCGUUACCACCCGUCCAAGCGACCAUAGCCCCAUCUUCCUCGUUCCUCUCUCUCCGCAUUCGGGAUCAAGGUGGCGGAAUCCACUCGAACAAUCUCAAUCGCAUCUUCUCAUACGCCUUCACCACCGCGGGGAGGAAUGCAGAAGAAGCUGAUCUGGAUUGGAAUGGUGAUGAUGGUCCUGCGUUCUUUGGUGAGAUGGCAGGAAAGGGGCUACAGACGGGCCUGGGGACUAUUGCAGGUUUAGGCUAUGGUCUUCCCCUAGCCAAGCUAUAUGCCAAUUACUUUGGAGGUCAGCUUGAUUUAAGAACAUUACAUGGCCAUGGGACGGAUGUGUUUAUCAAGUUACGAAGAUUGGGGGAAAACUCGGCUGCUGAGAUUUGA